CACCACAACCACCACCAUGGCACCCGACCAGCGCUUUGCGCGUCUCACGACAGACCCACGCUUCAGGCGAGCGAAGCAGAAGAAUGUCAAGGCCGAGAUCGACGAGCGUUUCAAGGAUGUGCUCACCGAAGACUUUGGCAAAGUCCAGGGGACUUCUCGCGUCGACAGCCGUGGUCGCAAGCGCACCUCGACGCACACGACCGACGAGAUGAAGCGCUUCUACCGUAUGCGCUCUCCCGAGGCUGGCGAGGAGCCGGCACCACGCAUCGACUAUGCGCGUGGUGAGGGCCUGCUCGAGUCAUCGGGCUCCGAGGACGAGGACAGCAGCGAGGACGACGAGUCGGAUGUCGAGGAGGACGAGCUCGAGAUUGGCGGCAAGCGGUCUCGACUUGCCGCGUUCCAGCCGAGCGACAGCGAGAGUGAGGAGGACAGCGACGACGAGGGCCAGCUCAAGGUCGACCUGAGCGAGGACGAGGACGAGUCUGCGUUCCCUCCUGAGGCGGACGACGAGGAGGAGCAAGAAGAGGAGGAGGGGAUCGACCCUACAGCACGUAUCGCGGCCGUCAACCUCGACUGGGACCACCUGCGCGCUGGCGACAUCUUCACCAUCUUCGCGUCGUUCCUCAAGCCAGUGCAGAAGAAGGGCGACAAGAGCGCCCCCCCGCCGCCUGGCAAGCUACUGAAUGUGCGCAUCUACCCCUCCGAGUUUGGAAAGGAGCGCAUGGCCAAGGAGGACGAGCUGGGCCCUGGUGGUGGCAUUUUCCUUGCCAAGCCGGGGGAUAAAAAGAAGAGUAAGGGCGGAAAGCGGACGCAGAAGCUUUCUCUGGCGCAGCCUGAAGAAGAGGAGGACGAGGAGGAGGAGGAGGAGGGGGCCGAGGAAGAGGAGGAUGAGGAGGAUGACGCGGAGGAGGACGCCGAGUCCGAAAUCGAUGGCAACGAGUCUGACGGCCUCGACGCCGACGCCGACGACCUGGAGAUUAUCUCGGACGUCGCCUCGGAGGCCGGAUCAGAAGACAUCGACAUGGAGCAGCUGCGACAGUACCAGCUCGAGAGGUUGCGGUACUACUACGCGAUCGCGACGUUCUCGACUGUGGCGGCCGCCGAGCUCAUCAUGGGCGAGCUCAACGGCACCGAGUUUGAGCGCACGGCCAACGUGCUGGACUUGGCAUACGUUCCCGAGGACAUGACCUUUGCGGAGGACGAGGCGACCGAUGAAUGCGACAAGGAGCCCAAGGGUUACAAGGGCAACGAGUUUGUCACCGACGCCCUCCGCCACUCCAAGGUCAAGCUCACGUGGGACCAGGACGACGCCAACCGCACCAAGCUCACCCGCCGAGCGCUGACGCGCGAGGAGAUUGAGGAGGAGGACUUUGCCAACCUUGUCGCUGGGUCCGACUCGGAGGAUGACGACGCCGACUUUGAGGAAGACGAGGAGGCUGGCGAGAAGAAGAUGACCAAGAAGCAGAAGAUGAAGGAGCGCAAGGAGAAGCUCCGGGCGCUCCUGCUCGGCGGGGACGACGACGAGACGGGCGAUAUCUGGGGCAAGGCUGGCAGCGCGUGGCAGGACGAGCUGGCCGACCUCAAGGAGGACAAGGCUUCCAAGGGCAAGAAGGGCAAGAAGGGCGACGACGACGUCGAGAUCACCUUCCGGCCUGGACUGUCGGUCGCCAAGGCCGCCGAGCCGGAGACGGACGACAUGACCACGCUCGAGAAGUACCAGCGGCGGAUGAAGGAGAAGAAGGCGAAGAAGAAGGAGGAGCUCGAGCUCAAGCGGGCCGAGAAGGAGGGACGCGACGGCAAGAAGGUCGAGCGCAAGGCCGCCGACGACUUCUUCGGCGACGACGACUCUGGCGCCGAGGACGAGCCAGCGGUCGGCAAAGCCCGCUCGCCCGACCCAGAGGACCUCGGGCUCGUCGACGACCCCACACACCACUUCAGCCUCAAGGACCACCUCGCGGCCGAGAAGGACGCCGGCAAGAAGAAGCGCAAGCGUAACAAGAAGAAGGCGGCGCGCGAGGUCGAGCUCGGCCCAGAGGGCUUCAAGGUCGACGUGGCCGACCCGCGUUUCAGCGCCAUGUACGACGAGGCAUCGUUUGCGCUCGACCCGACGCACCCCAAGUUCCACGACUCGGCGGCCAACCGCGAGAUCCUCAAGAAGACGCGCGAGGGACACGCCGCCAAGCGCGACGCGCCGGGCACGGCUGGUGGUGCUGCCUCUGGCGAGCGCGACCUCGCCGAGCUCGCCGCUAGCGUCAAGCGCAAGAUGGAGGGCGGCAGCAGCCGCAAGCGCAAGCGCUCAAAGAAGUAGAGUAGCCCGCAUCCUAGAGUACUUGACUACAUGC